CGUCGAGCGCCGACCCGACGCCGAGCGGAGGAGCGGCCGCCAUGGGCCUGGGCGCCAGCGCCGAGCAGCCGGCCGGGGGCGCCGAGGGCUUCCACCUGCACGGGGUGCAGGAGAACUCGCCCGCGCAGCAGGCCGGCCUGGAGCCCUACUUCGACUUCAUCAUCACCAUCGGACACUCGAGGCUGAACAAGGGCAGCGACAAGCUGAAGGCGCUGCUGAAGGCGAACGUGGAGAGGCCGGUCAAGCUGGAGGUGUUCAGCAUGAAGACCAUGCGCGUGCGCGAGGUGGAGGUGGUACCCAGCAACUUGUGGGGCGGCCAGGGCCUGCUGGGGGCCAGCGUGCGUUUCUGCAGCUUCCGCCGGGCCAGCGAGCAGGUGUGGCACGUGCUGGACGUGGCACCCUCCUCCCCGGCCGCCCUGGCCGGUCUGCGUCCCUACACUGACUACGUGGUGGGCUCGGAUCAGAUCCUCCAGGAGUCUGAGGACUUCUUCUCGCUCAUCGAGUCCCACGAGGGGAAGCCACUCAAGCUCAUGGUGUACAACUCCGAGUGGGAUGCCUGCCGCGAGCUCACCGUCACGCCCAACGCAGCCUGGGGCGGGGAAGGCAGUCUAGGGUGUGGCGUGGGCUACGGCUACCUGCACCGGAUCCCCACUCAGCCGUCCAGUCACCCCAAGAAGCCGCCCAGAGCCCCGCCGCCUGAUGCCCCGCCGCCAGAUACCCUAGCCCGGGACCAUGCCCCGCCACCGGACACCCCGCCCGGACCCCCACCUGCUCCGGACCUGGAGCCCCGCCCACUCCAGAGCGACUACCAGGAGGCCCUGCUCCAGGUCCCAGGCUUCUUCCCAGAGGAGCAGCCCCCCGCCCCGGGGAGCCCCAGCCAUGCCGCCCCGGACCUGGGGGUGCUCCCGUGCUCCAUGGAGAUUUCUCUUCAGCCUCCACCUCCAGUACAGAGAGUCAUGGAUCCAGGCUUCUUGGAGGUGUCUGGCAUCUCCCUCUUGGAUAGCAGCCGUGCCGGUGUAGGGCCGGGCCGGGUCUCUCCCCCAACCUUGGGACGGGAGGACGUGGGCUCCAGUGGCAGCUCCCAUGAGCGCCUAGGCGAGGCCACGUGGUCGGGCUCGGAGUUCGAGGUCUCCUUCCCGGACAGCCCAGGCGCCGCAGCCCCGGCCGAUCUGCCCCGGCUGAGCCUCCCCGACAGCCUCACGGCCGCGGCCUCCCCGGAGGACGGGCUGUCGGCCGAGCUGCUGGAGGCGCAGGCGGAGGAGGAGGAGGCGGCGGAGGCCGCGGCGGAGCCCAGCCCGCCGGGGCCGGGGCCGGGGCCGGCUGUGGAGGCCCCGCGGGGGAUCUGACCGCGAGGCCCGCAGGGAGGGGGGCCGGGACGCUCGGCCCGCCCCGGGGUGCACUCGCGGGUCGGCCCUGCCUGGCCACCCGUGGAGGGCUCUGGGGCGCCCCGGGGCCCCCUCCCCGUGGAGGGCCUGGUGAGGGGCGGUGGCCCGGGCGCUGCCCUUGCCGGCUGCAGUCUGGAAGGUUCUCGAAGGUUCUGGCUCCCCGCGGCGCCCGAUCCCGGAGGAGGAGGAGGGGAAGGAGGGGCCUGGAUGAGGACGAGGCCACAAUAAACCGUGAACCGCUGCGAGAGGCUUUUAUUCCGCUGGGUGGAACCUUCUGGAAGGAGCAGCUCGGGGAUGGGGCCUCGCUCUUCAUCCCCUGCCCGGGGCUGGCGGCUCCCACCCGUCACCCCAGCUACUCCGGAGGCUGAGCUGCGAGGAUCGCAGUGCAAAGCCAGCCCGGGCAGGGAAGUCUGC